GUUAAAUCAUUCUCAAUGAGGCCCAAAAAAGUUAAUUACAGUCAGUAAAUCCAAAGUCAUGUGGCAACAAGGGCAAGACAAAACACGAUUCCUUUAAGGUCCACCCCCGUCCACACACCACCCAACAAUAUCUUCCAAUAUACUGAAGUGUCACUGCACUUCUGCUCCUCCGCUCUCCCACUUCCAAGUACUGCCUUCAAAAAUGGCUCCUUUUCUUCUAUGCCUUCUCUUCUUUUUCACCCCCGGUUUCGUUCUUUCCGCUCCUCAGUCUUCCAAAACCUUCAUCUUUCGAGUCAAUUCUGAAACCAAGCCCUCCGUUUUUCCUACUCACUACCACUGGUAUUCCUCUGAGUUUGCCGAACCCACCAGCAUUCUUCAUGUUUACGAGAAUGUGUUCCAUGGGUUUUCCGCGCAUCUUACGCAGGACCGAGUUUCUUCCAUUUCCAACCACCCCUCCGUGCUCUCCGUCUUCGAGGAUCGUCGCCGUUCCCUUCACACCACUCGCUCCCCGCAGUUUCUCGGCCUUCGAACCCAGCGAGGUCUAUGGUCAGAAUCCGACUACGGUUCUGACGUCAUCAUCGGUAUCUUCGACACAGGAAUCUGGCCGGAGCACCGGAGCUUCUCUGAUUUGAAUUUGGGCCCGGUUCCGCGACGCUGGAAAGGGGUUUGCGAGGCUGGAGUCAAGUUCACUGCAAGAAACUGCAACAAGAAAUUAAUCGGUGCGAGAUAUUUCUCCAAAGGUCGCGAAGCUGGUGCGACCUCUCCGGGUCCGAUGAACCCAAUCAACGACACCGUUGAAUUCCGAUCGCCGAGGGACGCCGACGGUCAUGGAACGCACACGGCCUCUACGGCGGCUGGCCGGUACGCUUUUAGGGCAAGCAUGUCUGGUUAUGCUUCGGGAAUUGCAAAGGGCGUGGCCCCUAAAGCGCGACUGGCGGUGUACAAGGUAUGCUGGAAGAACUCGGGUUGCUUCGAUUCUGAUAUUCUAGCCGCAUUCGACACCGCUGUAGCAGACGGCGUCGAUGUGAUUUCCCUCUCUAUUGGCGGUGGUGACGGCGUCGUUUCACCUUUCUAUCUCGAUCCCAUCGCAAUUGGGUCAUACGGUGCCGUUUCCAGAGGUGUUUUCGUGUCCACUUCAGCUGGGAACGACGGGCCUAGUGGAAUGUCAGUGACGAACUCAGCUCCGUGGUUGACCACCGUUGGAGCGGGAACUAUUGAUCGGGAUUUUCCAGCACAGGUGAUUCUCGGCGAUGGUCGUAAACUCUCCGGUGUGUCGUUAUACUCUGGAAAGCCAUUGAAUGGUAAGAUGUAUGAACUUGUUUAUCCAGGCAAGUCUGGGCUUCUUGUUGAUUCACUCUGUAUGGAAAACUCACUCGACCCCAAAAUCGUAAAGGGAAAGAUCGUGGUUUGUGAUAGAGGAAGUAGCCCUAGAGUUGUUAAAGGACUUGAGGUGAAGAAAGCCGGUGGGAUUGGAAUGAUUCUGACGAAUGGUAUUUCUAACGGGGAAGGUGUCGUCGGAGAUGCUCACGUUCUUCCUGCAUGUGCAGUUGGUGCUGCUGAAGGAGAGUCUAUAAAAUCAUAUAUCAAAUCCUCUGUUAAUCCCACAGCCACCAUUGAUUUCAAAGGAACUAUGCUUGGAAUCAAGCCUGCACCAGUCGUGGCUUCGUUUUCAGCCAGAGGACCGUGUGGAUUGAACCCGCAGAUACUCAAACCGGAUUUGAUCGCACCAGGAGUGAACAUCCUCGCGGCUUGGACCAACGCGGUUGGUCCUUCUGGUUUAGACGCUGAUUCAAGAAGAACAGAGUUUAACAUCUUGUCGGGCACUUCAAUGGCUUGCCCGCAUGUAAGUGGAGCGGCGGCUUUGCUUAAAUCUGCACAUCCAGAUUGGAGUCCAGCUGCGAUAAGAUCAGCGCUGAUGACGACCGCAACUAUAUUUGAUAAUCGCAAUCAGCCCAUGAUUGAUGAGGCCACAGGGAACGCUUCUACGCCGUAUGAUUUUGGUUCUGGGAAUCUUAAUUUGGGUCUCGCCAUGGAUCCCGGGCUCGUAUAUGAUAUUUCUGGAAAUGAUUACGUUAACUACAUGUGCGCAAUCGGGUAUGUGGAGAACGAAAUUCAGGUGAUCACAAAGAUACCGGUGAAGUGUCCGGCUAGGAAGGCGGUGCCGGAGAAUUUGAAUUACCCGUCAUUUGUUGCUCUGUUUCCGAGCCCGUCCAAAGGGGUGUCAAGAAAGACGUUUAUUCGAACUGUGACGAACGUGGGAGCGGUGAAUUCGGCGUACAGAGUUAAAGUGGAGACGCAGCCAAAAGGGGUGAGUGUGAGCGUAAAGCCUGCAGAGCUUAUGUUUACGGAGGGUGUAAAAAAGCUUAGGUUCGCCGUGACGGUGACGGCAGAUACGCGGAAUGUGGUGGUGGGUCCGUCCGGAGCAGCUUUCGGGUCGGUUUCAUGGACGGAUGGGAAGCAUGUGGUCCGUAGUCCCGUAGUCAUUACUCAAGUAGUACCGUUAUAAACUCCGAUCAUGCCUUCUUGAUCGAGCCAAGCGAAGUGGAGAACGGUAGGGGUGGAAAAUUGGCAAUGACGUGACGUGCAUUUGGACGCUAGUGAGGGUUGGUACAAUCAGGUUGACAUUUGACGAUGGCGGCAACGUUAUGAUAGGCGAAAGUUGGGGGAAUUUUGUGGUCUAUCAGAUAAUUGAUACUAAAUUGACCUGUCAAAACUGACUCGUGGAUCUUUCAUUUUUUUUUUCCCUCCUUAGAGUCCAUUAGCUGGUUCGUGUUCAUUACUGUCUCUAAAUUCUGCCUUGCGCGACCAUCCUGAAUCGAUACCUCAUGUCUCUGGUGAAUGGAAGCACGAUAUGUUUUUUUUUUGGGUUGGAUUUUUCUGAUGUUUACAGCCUCUUAGAAGUCCGGCAUCCUGGGGAACUCUUUAGAGUCAUGUUACGGCGCGCCAUCCUCGUUCGUGACGAGCAGGGAUAAUAAAUGUAUGCAAAACCUGUCUGGAAGUUCCACGAGCAAUUACGUUCUCAAGGGGAUUUACAGCUACUCGUUCUGUGGAAACACCACUUUCUAUUAGCUGCAUAUAACACCUGAGUUGUUUUCGUAUGUCGUUGCUUGUGAUUCAUUAAUUGUCAAGAUAGAAAAUUACCUCAGCAACUGGAAAAACAAAUUAGUUUUCUUUUACUUUCUACUUUGUAUUACCUCAGCAGCCUGUCCUAGCAGGUUGGAACCGGUAUUAAGUGAUAGAAUACCAAAAUGAAAUUUUACAAGGCAUACAUAUUAUUCGCA